AUGCGCGUUCAUCCAGAGCUCAUCCGUAGCUCGAGCACAGCUAACACCUCCAGCCACCGCCGCCCCCUCCAAACAAUGGCAUCACGAACCGUCAUCCCGAUCGACAAGAACUGGCAGUUCAAGCAGGCCGACAAAGAGGACAGCGAGCUCCUUGACGUCAGUCAGUUCCCAACAAACGUCCACCUCGACCUCAUUCACCACAACGUCAUCCCCGACCCCUUCAUUGGCAAAAACGAGCUUGAUGUCCAGUGGAUUGGCGAGGUGCAAUGGCUGUACAAGACCACGUUCGCCUCUGAGGCCAUCCCCGAAGGCGCCAAGGCAAUCUUGGCCUUUGACGGUCUCGACACCUUUGCUACCGUUGUGCUCAAUGGCAAGACAAUCCUAGAAACGGAUAACAUGUUUACACCAGAGCGUGUUGAUGUCACAUCCGUCCUGAAAAAGGAUGGGGAGAACGAGCUUGAGAUCACCUUUGACAGCGCAUACCUACGGGGCUGGAAGCUGGUCGAGAAGUAUCCUGAUCACAAGUGGGGAUGCUGGAACGGUGACAACUCCAGACUUGCAGUCCGGAAAGCUCAAUACCACUGGGGCUGGGAUUGGGGCCCGACUCUUCUGACAUGCGGUCCUUGGAGGCCAAUUAACCUCGAGGUUUACGAGUCACGCCUAUCCGAUCUUUACUUCGAGACCUCUGUGGACGACUCCCUCAAGAGCGCCAAAGUCGUCGCUCACGCCACGACAGAAGGAAAGGCCUCAAAGGUCCGCUUCGAUGUGUCACUCGAUGGCAAGUCGCUGGCCUCUGAGACGAUCGAUGCCAAAGCCGAUGCGGAUAUCGCAGCAACCUUUCAGAUACAAGACCCUGCGCUGUGGUUCCCAAUUCGCUACGGCAAGCAGCCCUUGUACACCGUGACAGCCACCCUCCUUAGCGGCAGCGACGAGGUCGACACUCUGUCCAAGAAGAUUGGUAUUCGCAAAGUCGAGCUGGUGCAGAGACCCGUCAAGGAGCAACCGGGAACAUCAUUCUUCUUCCAAGUCAACAACGUCCCCAUCUUCUGCGGUGGGAGCGACUGGAUUCCUGCGGACAACUUUAUCCCUCGCAUCAGCAAGGAGAGGUACUACGACUGGAUCCGCCUGCUGGCAGACGGCAACCAGUUCAUGGUUCGUGUCUGGGGUGGUGGUAUCUACGAGGAGCAGGAGUUCUAUGAUGCCUGCGACGAGUACGGCAUCCUCGUGUGGCAAGACUUCAUGUUCGGAUGCGGUAACUACCCUACCUGGCCGGAUCUUUUGAAGUCCAUCGACAGAGAGGCGAGAGAAAACGUCAAGAUGCUGCGUCACCACCCCUCUAUCGUCAUUUGGGCAGGCAACAACGAAGACUAUCAGUACGCAGAAAGCGAAAAUCUGACGUACGAUUUCGCAAACAAGGACGCAGAGAGCUGGCUCAAGACUGACUUCCCUGCGCGAUACAUCUACGAAAAGAUACUCGUUGAUACGUGCAAAGACCUCAUCCCCGACACCUACUACCAUUUUGGCAGCCCUUGGAGUGGGGAGGACACCAGAGACCCCACGGUCGGCGAUCUUCACCAGUGGAACGUCUGGCACGGUACACAAGAAAAGUACCAAAACUUCGACAAGCUCGUCGGCCGCUUCGUGUCAGAAUUCGGCAUGGAGGCAUUCCCCUCGGUCAAGACCAUUGAUGCAUACCUGCCCAAAGGCAAAGACGACCCGGAUCGCUACCCUCAAUCCUCGACUGUUGACUUCCACAACAAGGCCGACGGCCACGAGCGUCGCAUUGCCUUGUACCUAGUCGAGAACUUCCGCUACGCGCCCGAUCCUUUGGAGCACUUUGUCUACUGUACGCAGCUUAUGCAGGCCGAAUGUCUGGCCUCAGCCUACAGACUGUGGAAGAGGCAGUGGAAGGGUCCUGGCAGGGAAUACUGUGGCGGAGCAUUGGUGUGGCAGAUCAAUGAUUGCUGGCCCGUGACUUCAUGGGCCAUCUGCGAUUAUUACCUCCGCCCGAAGCACGCUUACUUCACCGUAAAGCGCGAGAUGGCGCCAAUUUCCAUUGGCAUCACCCGCACGGAGCACAAGCACCCCAAGGACAAGUACACGCGCGUUGAUAUCGAAACCAAGACGCAGAUUGAGAUUUGGGGCUCGAACCUGCAACUGGAAGACCUGACCGUUGACUUGCUGGUCAAGGCGUGGGACAUUGAGACCGGCGAGGAAACGUACUCUGAGACUGUUGACAAGGCCUUUGUCCUACCUGAGAACAGGUCAACGGAGAUGGCCGCCUUUGAGGUCCCCGUGAGGCAAAAGGGCGACGAGGCCAAGACCGUCGUCGCAGCGUACCUGAUUCAGAACGGCAAGCAGAUUGCGCGGUACGUCAACUGGCCUGAGCCGCUCAAGUAUCUGCACUUGCAGAAGCCCAAGAGCUUGAAGGCGACGCUUGCAGAGGGCGGUGAUGUGGUGGAGAUUAGUGCCGAGGUUCCCGUCAAGGGUGUCGCGUUGGAGGUUGAGGAUGAUGCUGUGGUAUUCAGCGAUAACUUGGUAGACAUUGUCCCCGGUGAGGUUGUCAAGAUUGGAGUCAAGGGUGCGACCAAGAAUACAAAGAUUGAAACGAGGUACCUGGGCAUGCUCAACUGA